AUGUGGGUCAGUAACAAACCAGACCUCGAAAUGGGAAUGUUUGAUAUACCAAGUGGUCUAAGGAGACUUAACAGAUCGACCAAAGUAACCGCAGACCAGGAAGAAGCACGCGGUUUCCGCGGGAAACCAACAUCACGGGAAGAUAUCAGGUCGGGCGCGAACAAUCCGGCGCUGUUCGUUGUUAUGACAGAUCUACAGUAG